AGAGGACGCCGAGAAGCCGCGGCUCCCGGACAACAUGUCCUUCACGACGGACGGCGCGUUCCUGGGCGUGCCGACGCACACCGACAACGGGUCCUCGGGAGGCAGCGCGGGACACAAGCGGUCCCCUCGAAGCCGCAAAAAAUCCACCCGACUGAUGAAGGAAACGAAGGAGAGGGUGUCCCUCGCCAGCAGACUGGACAAGGACCAGAUCGAGGCGAUCCACGACAUGUUCAAGGGUAAGCUCCACCUGGACCCCGACCGGCCCCGUUUGAUGGGAUCGGAGUUCGAGCUCACAAAGCUGCACCACAACGAACUGAGGGAUCUGCUCUGCAACGCCUUCGGCAUCACCAUGGGCGACGACGAGUUCCAUGUCAUCUUCCUCAAGUGCAAACAGAGGUCAGUGCGGUCACCGACAGGGUCCUACUGUCGUCAGAUGGACACGAACCGCAGCGGCAGCAUCACGUGGGACGAGGUGGUGUCGCACCUGCUGGUCAUCCGGUCGCCGCACCGGAACCCCAUCAUCCGCAUCACCUACUGGCCCGAAGUGUCCGCGGACCGUUCGUUCAACUACCUGCAGGGCAGAUUCGUCUCCGCGAGCCACGACGGCGCGGUGCAGUACUGGACCAUGGACCUGAAGCGGGAGCGGCUCGUGCAGUCCAAGACGGUGCUGCUCAAGGUGCGGCCCACGUGGGUGACGGACUUGGUGUGCAUGCCCGACGUCAACAUGAUGUGCACCAGCUCGACCGAGCGAGAGCUGCGCUUCUACGACACCAGGGCGGGCAAGUGGGAGCUGCGGGUGCUAGUCUCCGGACUGGACAAGCCGGUCGUCACGAUGUACUACCAGAUGAGCGCGCGCGCCGAGGACGAAUCCACCCUCAUCCUGGGCGACACGGGGGGCUCCGUGCGCACCUUCAACUUCAACAGCGUGCAGUGCGGCCCGUUCCGGCAGCACGUCGGCAAGGAGGCCACCCACGUCCUCUUCAGGGACCUCUGCAAGGACGGGCUGCCGGGGCUGCGCGUGGCGCACUUCCCCCGCGUGCACUCCAACUGGGUGCGGCAGGUGUACUACUACGCCUCGCUGCAGUCCAUCUUGUCGUGCGCCGCCUGCCCCAGGCCGUCGCUCUUCAUGUGCGACGCGGCGGGCACCAAGAACCAGUACGAAUACAACGUGCCCAGCGGCGUCUACUGCUUCUGCGCCUCGGAGGAGACGCACAUGAUCGCGACGGGCGGGCCCGACAGCGUGCUGCGCGUCUGGAACCCCUUCGUGUGCGACAAGCCCUCGGCCCAGCUCAUCGGGCACCACGCCGCCAUCGUGGCCAUCGUCAUCCAGGGCACCAAGAUGUUCAGCCUGGACGCCGCCAAGUGCGUGCGCGUCUGGGACGGCCGCAUCCACAGCUGCAUCCAGGCGUACUCGGCCAUGAUGGACAACAACCGACUGCCCUACGCGACGUACUACCACCCGCUGUCACGCGUGUGGAUGGUGGCGGGGCGCGACAUCCAGCUCAUCCAGCUGUGCGCCCAGCUCAACCCGGACCGCUCCGACGGCCACACGCACACCGCACCCGUCACCUGCGUCAUCUACAACACUCUCUUCAAAUGCGUGGUGACGACGGGCAUGGACUCGUGCAUCAUGGUGUGGGACCCGUGGCGCGGCUCGCGCACCCGCCUGGUGAAGCAGGCCCACUCGCUGGUGCGCUACGGGCGCGACGAGCCGGUCGAGAUCACGGCGGCCUGCUUCGACCCGCCGCAGCAGCUGCUGCUAACGGGGGCGGCCAACGGCACGCUCAAGGUCUGGAACUUCAACACGGGCAUCUGCGUGAGGAACAUGACCAUCGGCAGCAACGGGGAGGUGACGGCCGUCAUGUGGGUGCCGAUGCGCAUCCUGGCCGUGGGCUGGAACAUGCGCGUCGUGGAGUGGGCGGACGGCGGCGCGUCGCUGCGCGGCAAGAGCUGGGACCUGAAGCACACCAGCCACGUGCUGUGCGCGGACACCCGGCCGCCGGACGCGCUGGCCACGGCCACGGACAACGGCGAGCUCAUCAUGUGGCGCCUGGAGACGGGCCAGCCCUACGGCCGCUACCGCGUCGACGAGCCCGUGCACAAGUCGGGGAUGUCCCACUACGUCGAGACGGAGGUGAAGCCGCCGCGGUACUGGACACCAGUCCACAUGCCCAGAUCGACAGGGGCCCAGGGCAGGCCGCCGCGCGUGCACCAGCUGCGGUUCCUGCGCGCGCGGCCCGUGACCCGCGGCGUGGCGUCCCUGGUGGUGGCGCUGUCCACCGGCUACGUGCAGAUGUGGUCGCACCACCCCGUCGGCGGCUACCUCACCCACUUCCUGGCCGUGCACACCGUGGCCGACUACGUGCUGAGCAUGGAGACCGACCCCGAAUGCAACUUCCUCUUCACUGGGCACUCUGUCGGCUACAUCAAGAUCUGGCUGAUGUCCAACUACUGCUACCCCAACGGCCGCAACAAGCCCCUCUUCAUGCCCGCCCUCAGGAAGCAGUUUCCGUUCCUGUUCCGGGACCGCAUCCCGGGAAGGGCCAAGCGCGCCGUCAAGGCGCAGGCCCUGCCCAUGCUGCUGUCCUCCGUGCGGGCGCACCUGCAGCCCGUCACCUUCCUGCAGUACUGCCCCGACAACAAGAUCCUGUUCAGCUCGAGCGCAGACUACUCGGUGCGGCUGUGGUCCCUGUCGGGGGAGUACAUCGCCACGCUGGGGACGGCGCUGCCGUGGCCACAGCUGUCGCCGGACCUGGAGUGGGACCCGGGGGAUGAGCCACCCCGCAUCCCCGCCGACCUCAAGAGGGUGUCCUCGUCCACGAGCUUCAAGGUGAUGCGGCGCGGCCAGGUGGAGUGGCUGACGCCCACGGUGCUGGACCGCGCGGUGCGCGCCAAGAAGAUGCAGUCGCUGCGGCCCAUCACGGCCGACGACCUGUUCCCCGGCACCUACGGCCAGCGCCUCUACAAGCCGCUCAUGGGCCACUGCUACGAGCUGCCCGACAAGGCCAUCGGCUGCACGCCCACCGUCGCCCUCGAGACCGACCUGCCCAAGAUCCCCGUCUUCCACCACAUCAAGACGAUCGAGGAGCAGGACGUCUCCAGACCGCCCACCCCGGACUGCGUCCGCGCCGUCAGGACGUUCCGCAUGUCCUCCACGUCGUCCUCUCUGCCCGUCCUGCCCCGCCGCCAAGCCUCCCAGUUCCGGCGCUGAAGCCCCGGAAAGAACCAACGCG